AUGUCUUCGCAUAUUCAGUCAAGACAGACCGUACCCAGAGUCACAUCCAACAUUACAGGCGCGACUAACCCCAACAAAAUCGACUAUACCCGCGCAAGAGAAAUCAUGGACACCAGCUCUUCCCACUCAGGGCCACAAUACGAUUUCAUGUCCCACUACGAAGACCUCUGGGAUCAACGCUCCAUCACCCACCCUUCCGCUAUCCCAUCAGAUAGCCUCCCAGAGAUAUCAGACCUGUACCAAGACCAGGAAACCGCCGAGUCCAUUUUGGAGUACGAUAUCCCAGGAUCACUCCGGCCUGCCUUUGGCCCCGUCCAACCCGUCUACUACAAGGGCCAUGAAGACAGCCAAUGCCCCUCCCCCUCGAUCUCACGCACAAGCACACGCAAACCAGCCUUGCGCCCUGCUCCCUGCCCAAUCCAACCUCAACCCAUUUCCUGGCACGACCACUCGGACUACCAAGGCCUCCUGCUCCGCACACCAUCAGAAAGCGACAGUUCUUACUUCCCCUAUCCCUCCUCCUCAACUAUCCCCGUGCGACAGGAUUCUGGAUGUACCUUUGAGGAGUAUAUCCACGACUUCAAGAACGCGGAGCGACGCAGAAACUGGACGCCGCCGGAUGUGUGCGGUAUUGACUUGGCGAAGCGACGUUAUGGCAAAGAAAGCUCGAGCUCCUCCUCUUCUUCUUCUUCUUCUUCUUCUUCUUCUUCUUCGUGUCCGCUGCGGAAAUUGACGCAGAAGUGGAGGGGGUUGAAGAGGAAGGUCUUGGCGGUGGAGAUGGGGAGGAUCGAGGAUGAGGGUCGACAUGGGUGGUGGAGUGGGUUCGUGAUGUGGUGA